GCAAAGGAGAAGAUAGCGACAUUCUCAGCAUCAAUGCAGAUGCAUACGACAGCGACAUUGAAGGACCAUGCCAUGAAGAAGAUAAUCCAGCUGUGCCAGAGCGGACGGUUGAAAGCGGAGACGGUCAGAUCGAUGACCUUCAGAAAGACAUUGAGAAAAGCGUCAAUGAAAUCCUGGGCCUUGCCGAAUCCUCCCCAAAGGAGUCCAAGGCGGCAGCUUUAGCAGUUCCUCCCGCAGAUGAUGUUCAGCCAUCAGCACAGCAGCUGGAGCUCCUGGAGCUUGAGAUGCGAGCGAGGGCUAUCAAGGCCCUUAUGAAAGCUGGAGAUGUUAAAAAAUAGCCGCAGGGCUGCUUCAUUUGUUAGAUCGUUGGAUUUGCUCUGAUGAGUGUAGGGUCAACUUCCUUCCACUCUACGGUCUAUUUGGACUAGUUUUGACAUUCCUCAUUCAAGCCCUUUGGGUAUUCUAGCUCAUAGCCAAAUGAAAUAGUUGGCAGCGGUUUAUCAGGGCCGUCAGUCUGCGUCUGUGACUUAUGUAAAUGGAUUGGUUUGAUG